UAUAUUACGGAGAAAACAGAUUGUUGAAAGGAUGUGCAUUGUUCAUUCCCCGCAAUCUCCGCACAAAAAAUCGCUCCAAAUUUUAUUGUUGCUUUACGCGUUUUCGGGAAAGUAAGAACAGAUAUUUUCAUUCAGACUUCAGAGUAACCUAUAUUUAUUUAUCAUAUAAAUAAAUAAAUAAAUGAGUGGAUGAAUGAGGAUAACCCCGCCAUCGCUACUAUCUCUCACCAUUGACUCAGCCCUUCACAACCUCUCCCACUUCUCCGAUCUCUCUCCUCUCCCUGAUCACAUCCUUUGCGAUCUCUUCAAGAUCUCUUCAUAUUGCUAGCUGCUGAUAGAAAUCACUGCCGUUCUGUUGAGACAAUUGAGCCUAGGAUCAAUGGGUGCUUUGAGAUUUAUGGAAAACAUUGCAAGCUGGAAAACUGAAUGAAAAACUCUUGAAGCUUUUCUUGGCAACUGGCAAUGAUGAAGUCCUUUCAUUCAUUGAUGGUCUAAAAAUCCAACAUAUCCACGCCCCUGUACUUCCUACAAGAUGUUCUGAAAAAUUUUAAGUUAGUUUUUGAAUUGUGUGCACACACUUAAAAGUUUGUUAGCCUAAACAUCAGCUGCUCUGAGGACUGAGGAGGCCAAAAAGAUUAUAGUUUUGGAUUAUUGUUUGGUUAUAACCCUUGAAGGAUGUCUCAAGCAAAUAUCAUGGACAAUGAGGUUGACAUUGUGAUUGGAGCACUUCACUCUGACCUGACAACAUUCAUGAAUGAGUGGAGACCUGUUUUCUCCCGGUUCCACCUGAUAAUUGUCAAAGACCCUGAUCUCUCAGGAGAGAUCCAAAUACCAGAAGGCUUUAACGUUGAUGUUUACACUAGGUCUGACAUAGAUCGAGUUGUGGGUUCAUCUACUUCCGUUCUCUUUUCGGGUUACUCGUGCAGGUAUUUUGGUUAUCUUAUGUCCCGGAAGAAAUACGUCAUUUCAAUUGAUGAUGAUUGCAUUCCAGCUAAGGACAAUGAAGGCUCUUUAGUAGAUAUUGUGGCCCAGCAUAUUACCAACCUCACAACUCCAGCCACCCCCUUCUUUUUCAAUACACUCUAUGAUCCUUACCGGAAAGGUGCAGAUUUCGUUCGUGGUUAUCCAUUUAGCCUGAGGGAAGGAGUGACAUGUGCAUUGUCAUGUGGGCUGUGGCUCAAUCUAGCAGACUAUGAUGCACCAACACAAGCCCUCAAGCCAGAACUGAGGAAUUCUCGAUAUGUGGAUGCUGUUCUGACUGUGCCUGUAAGGGCUAUGCUGCCUUUAAGUGGGAUCAACAUUGCAUUUGAUCGUGAGCUGGUGGGGCCUGCUUUGAUUCCUGCUUUGAAGUUGGCCGGGGAAGGAAAGUUUAGGUGGGAAACAAUGGAAGAUAUAUGGUCUGGAAUGUGUGUUAAGGUUAUAUCUGAUCACAUGGGGCUUGGUGUGAAGAGUGGACUGCCUUAUGUCUGGAGGAAUGAAAGAGGUAAUGCCAUAGAAAGUUUGAAAAAGGAAUGGGAGGGAGUAAAGCUGAUGGAGGAAGUGGUGCCUUUCUUUCAGGCAGUCAGGUUGCCGCAAUCUGCAGUUACAGCUGAGGAUUGUGUGGUUGAAUUGGCAAAAACUGUGAAGGAGCAGCUGGGACAGUCGUAUCCAAUGUUUGUUCGUGCUGCUGAAGCUAUGGUAGAGUGGAUCAAGGUUUGGAAAGCAGUUCGAUCCGGCUGACUGUCCCCUGCAAUUUAGGAACUAGUAAUAAUUAAUUGAUGAUUAUCGCACAAAUUUGUUUCUCAUUGAUUUGUAGUUGACAUUUUCAUGUCUCCCUUUUUACUUAAUCACAGCUGAUAGAAUGUCUUAUAAUAUGUGGGGGGAGGAGUUGAUGCUAUUUGACUGUUAAACAUUUGAUCUUUUGUUUGUUUUGCGUUAUUAAACAGUAUAUUUAUUUUA